CCGCAAGAAAAUCAAAAGCCUCUUCGCGCCGACUGGCGCUACUACAUGGCGCGCGAUCUGGCGCCUCUGACUGGGCAACCUUUGAUGCAGCGAUGACGACCUGCAGCGAGGUGGGCGAGCCCGUGUGCCAUGACGGCCUUGAGCCUCUCACGCUGCGCUUGGAUGAGGACAGCGUGAUGUGCUACCUGCCACAGCUCCUGGAGAGUCCCUCCAGGGCCACUAGCUGCUACACUGCACUGGCUGAGACGCUGCAGAGGCUGCUGGCCACCGUGCCGGCACCGCCGAAGGACUCCUCCAGUGAGAACGACCGGGCUCAGUUCUAUGGCAGCGGGAGCUUUGGGAAGGGCGACUUCCGCUUCAACCCCCGCUGGUGCCUGGCUGGUCGUGCUUUGGAGGAUGAGAAUUUGAAGGAGGUGCUGUACCUCAAGGAGAGGGUUGAAGAAGAGACACUGCGGACCUUACAGGGUUUGCCUGAUGAGUGCAGAGAGGUUGCUCAUGGGCUGAGCGAGCAAGCAGAGAGCCUUGGGUCCGAGCUCGAGCCCUUCUUCAACAGUGUCUUGGUGAACUUCUACCUGGAUGGACGGGCUCAGAUCAAGUGGCAUGCCGACGACGAGAACUGCUAUGGUCCUGCCGAGCGCAUCGUCAUCGGCUCCGUCUCUCUGGGCGCCCCACGACCCUUCGAACUCCGGCGGACGCCACGCAAGGGCGACGGGCGAAAUGCUCAGGAGCGGCGAAGGAUUUGGCUGCAGCCGGGCUCCCUGCUGAUCAUGGCAGGCGCCAUGCAGGCGAAGUGGCAACACUCGCUGCCUGCAGAGACGCGGACACAAGUGGUUCGUCCUGGGUCCUGCAUUGAUCGAACGGCGAGGUGAGUCAAUACAUGGGACCUGGAUCGGUUCGUGCCCAACCUCUUUGCAGUCUCUAAUGUCUCUCAGUGACCUUGUACAGAUCUUUAGGCGACCUCAUUCUAGGAUCUCAAAAGGUCCCCUUUUGAAGGUCCUGGUUUAUAGUGUUUUUUUUUUUCUGCUGGGUUUGGUUGAGUCAAUCCAUGGUGGCUUGGGUAGGCCGGUGGAAGGCUUUGGGGUUGGGUAAGGUGACUGUGGUCAAAGUGGUAGACCAAUGAAAGCCCCACUGGCUCAUGGCAGUGAAGAGCAGCUACAGCUGGAGCUCGAAAAGAAAAUGCCUGUCCUCAGCUUCUCCAGGGCCAGUGGCACUGGUUGUUGUUCACUCUUCAGUAACCCUAUGGAUCCACAUACCUUCUCAGAAGGCAAUUGGGUCCCCCAAG